AAGGUCGUUUAUGUCAAAAAUUGCCGGGCCAGUUGGGAAUCCGGUUUUGAAACCCGAGUCUGCUUUGAACGGAGUUAUGAUCAUUUUAUUGUUCUGAUCCCCUGGACAGUGACGAUGUUCAAGCCGGAGUCGCAGAAAGAAGCCUUCCUCGAGCACACGAAGGCUGCCAGGGAGGAGAGGGCGCUGGAAAAACGAAGGGAGAACGCUGCCACGACCAUCCAGGCUCACGUCAGGGGUUGGCUACAGAAGAAGAAGUACUGCCGUUCCAUAUUAAACGAACUUGAAAAAGAGAUACCAGAAGAUAUCAAAAACCCUAAUGUAAAACCAGCUUUAUAUUAUUAUAAAUUGAUUACCCGAUAUCUUACAAUAUGGAAUAAAAAAAGGGAUAAAACAAUUUUUGAAAAAUUGUGCAGUUAUCUUGUGGCGAGUGUAGAAUCUGAAAACCCCAAGUUGAGUUAUGUAGGCGUAGCUUUGAAUAAAGAAUAUUCCUUGUAUUGGAUUAAACAGAUAAAAUCAAUUUUAUGGAUUUGCUGCGAAUACCUUGAAACGUUGAAGCCUGAAGUCAGCUCUGAGCUACGUUCGAUUCUUCUCUUUCUUCGAACUCUCGUUUCUUUCACUUCAACAAAAACAUGGGGUUUACUUCACAACAAAUCUAUGGAAAGUCUGAUACCUGGAAUGAACCAACUAUGUGCCAACAUUAUGGGCUUUCUUUUCAUGAGGGGGUUCUAUUUAAAUCUAAAGUCCCUUCUUUUAAAAGGCCUUUCAAGAUCAAAAGUAACUUUAAAAGGUGUUGCUUUAACAGCAAUAAUGACUUUAGUAACUAGGCCGUUGAUCUCAGCAUCUAUGUCAGACAAAUUGGUAUCAAUGUUCCUUAUUCAUAUAUUUAGCGUUCCGGGUCUAGUCCUUCACUUAAAUCAGCUCGCUCCAGAAUGCAUUACUCUACUGGAAUCUCAUGGAAUCCUGAAAAGGAGUUUAGAACUGCUAAGCAUUCAGCAAGAUUUAAGGAUAGUUUUUAAUGCGCUGGAAGGGAGUUAUGCUCUCUGUCUCAUUGCCAAUAUUAUUCACAUGGCACAUAUCGAAAGAGAAAUAAUCCUUUCUAAUACUAAUGCAGCAUUGUUCACAAGUGUUGUCACCAAUCUUUUAAGCAGUUGUCAAGCAUAUGUUGUUAGCAAACAAUCAAACUUAACCCAAUGGCACCCAGUCCUGGGAUGGUUUGCUCAAAGAAUGGACUCGGGCUUGCAAGAAAGCCUGGUGUAUGUGAAAACUCAGCUUUAUCUCCUUUGGUCUCAACCAGAUGUUUCCGCUCUGCUCGGAUCACUUUUAGACCAAGUAUCGUUACCAACUGCCGAACCGCAGCCUCCUACGAGCUCCAAUUUUAUAAAGAGGGCGAUAGAUGCACGGAUUAACAGAGCAAACAGUGCAAAGCAGCCGAGGUAUAAACUGGGCACGCCGGAAUGCCCGUUAACAAAAGUGGCAAAUGUUUGUACACUUUAUUACACAUCUCUUAAUACUUUGUCUCAGCUCAGAUUAGAUAUUUUAACAGGGUUGUGUAAUAAAGAAUUAAUUCUUUAUAGACUUUGGAAGUUUUUAGAGUCACUAGGUCCCAACUGUGGAGUGAAGUCAUUUUUAGAUUCUCUAGCCGAUAAUAUGAAAGGCUGUUCUCCUGAAUUCAACACUGUCAUCCUUUUUUGUGAAUGUAUGACCCAUUACGUGACGAUUUUGGAUGAUGUUGAGAUGUAUGAGCAGCAGAACCCUUUUAAACUAACGGACUAUGUUUCUAUGUCAGCUUUUCUAAACACGUUCCUUUACAAAGGAAUUUUAAACAGCUUAUUUGACAUGAAGGGCAUUAAUGGCACAAGCCUAUUCCAAGCAUUGCACACAUUACUUAUGGUUUUGUACAGGCGUGAUAGCCGCAGGUCGUACUGUCCGCAGAACCACUGGCUUGUUAAAGAAAUUAGGAUUAGUAGUUUUAUGAACGAUCUUGACAAAGGAAAGAAGACAACACAGUUGCUACUAGCUAAAAUGCCUCACAUAAUCCCUCACUCAGAGCGUGUCCAGUUAUUUAGAAAAUACGUUGCUAAUGAAAAAGCUGUAUUGGGUCUUACAGAAUCCGCAUGCGCUGCAGCUUCCUCGACACUCAUAACGAUUCACAGGAGUAGGAUUGUUGAAGAUGGUUACCGUCAACUUGCAUUGCUUCCAUCUCAAGCUUUAAAAGGAGUUAUUCGAGUCAGAUUCAUCAACGAACAAGGUUUAGAUGAAGCAGGAAUUGAUCAGGAUGGAGUAUUUAAAGAAUUUCUAGAGGAGACUAUUAAGAGAGUUUUCGAUCCAUCUUUGAAUCUCUUUAUUGCUACUAGCGAAGAACGUUUGUACCCCUCACCUACAUCACAUUUACAAGACAAUCACUUACAGCUGUUUGAAUUCGUUGGAAGAAUGCUUGGAAAAGCUGUAUAUGAGGGUAUCGUUGUCGAUGUACCAUUUGCGUCGUUUUUUCUAAGCCAAGUGUUAGGGCAGACGCACGAAGCUCUUUACUCUUGCAUUGAUGAAUUGCCAUCCCUUGACAAAGACCUUUAUAGGUCUCUUACAUAUAUAAAACACUUAGAAGGAGACGUAAGUCAACUUGAUCUAACAUUUUCCAUAGACCAUGAUGUAAUGGGAAGACUUGUAACACACGAGCUUGUACCUGGUGGUCGAGCCUUGCCUGUCAACAAUCAUAAUAAAAUAAAUUACAUUCAUUUAAUGGCCCACUUCCGAAUGCAUACACAAAUAAAAGAACAGACUGCUGCGUUUAUUAAAGGUUUUAGGUCAAUAAUAAACUUAGAUUGGUUGGCACUGUUUUCAACCCCAGAGCUUCAAAGAUUAAUAGCUGGUGAUAAUGUACCUCUAGAUAUAGUGGAUCUUCGUAGGCAUACUCAGUAUUAUGGUGGUUUUCACGAUUCCCAUAAAGUUGUCCUUUGGCUAUGGGAUAUCUUGCAAAAAGACUUCAGUGAAGAUGAAAAACGUUUGUUUUUAAAAUUUGUUACUAGUUGCUCAAAGCCACCUCUUCUCGGUUUUGCCCACCUUGAACCUCCAUUUUCCAUUAGAUGUGUGGAAGUCGGUGAUGACGAAGACACUGGUGACACCAUUGGAAGCGUCAUCAGAGGAUUUUUUACAAUUAGAAAACGUGAUCCACAACAUCGUCUUCCAACUUCGUCAACUUGUUUCAACUUACUCAAGCUUCCUAAUUAUCAACGAAAAGGUACUUUGAGGGAUAAGUUAAGGUAUGCCAUAUCUAGCAAUACAGGUUUUGAACUUUCUUAAAAAGAUGAAAUCAAAUUUAAAAAAAAAAAGAGCUUAAUUUUGUUCAAAAAUACUUAACAAUUAAGUUAUAAGAUUCAUUCCAAUACACUUGUCAUACAUGAUUACUAUUAUAUGAUAUAUUUUUCAAUUAGCCAGUUAAUCAUACUAAACAUUUGGUAAAUAUUUUUAUCGCUAUUUUUGUUGCCUUUAAUGUUUAUUCUAUGAUCAAAAAGUAUAUAUAGAGAUGUAAUAUAUUGGUUGUUAUUUAUUUUGAUAUUAUAUAUAGCAAUGUAAUUGUGCCUCAAAUGAAAUAUAACAUGUUGAGAUCGAUUGUACAAUAUUUUUUCAGAUUUGGAUUUGGAAUCAGUUUAUUUAUUGGUAAUUAUCAAAUUAAAUGAAAACGUAUAUUUUGAAAUAUGGGCAAUUUUUAAAUUGAGAUGUUAAUUUUACAGUUU